AUCAGAUGAAAUACCCGUUCGAAGUGAGGGAACACGCGUCCUUGUUAAUCUUGUAAAAAAACUUUGGAGCGAACAUCCAUACAAAGAACAAGAAGGAAUUUCAAUGAAAUUGUUGAGACAAAAAUUGAAUAAAGUGGAAAUAAUUGAGCCACUUGUUAAUAUGGUUAUAGAAUCCAAAUAUCCUAUACUUCAAAAUGAGGGUAUAAUUGCCUUGACGUUAUUAUCAAUGGAUGAUUCGGCCAAAGAAAUCAAUCCUUCUUUAGAUUUCUUGACUUCAGAAAAAGUUGGUACUAGCGAUAAAUAUCCUGAUGAGAUAAGGAGUAAUGGUUGUAUGUUCUUAGAGAAAGCUUCAAAGGCUGCUUGCGGUCCUCAGAAACGUUAUUUGCGUGAAAAGGUACCACCUGUAAUAAAACCUUUAUUUACAAACGAACAUAAACCGAUAAGUGAUAGAUUAAAAUCUGAUAUCGAUAAA